CAGCAUGCUGCUGUUCUGACCACAGUUUGUUGGCUACAAUUGAAAAAUAAAACAAAUCUAUAACAUUUUGCAUUGUUGUCUAUUUUUUAUGCUCAUUUAACGAUAUUGAUCCGAUUACUGUAACAUCUGUACGUCCAAGAAAGGUGAGAAGUCUUCAGGUCGUUCAGAAUGUGAGAGAGUGAAUGAGCGGCGACCUCCCGCCGUGUCGACACGCAGCUUCAUUGUGAAACCGACCACAGGAAGUAGCGAUCUCGCUUACUCUCGGUGUCUUUGUGCAGUUCUGAAGUUGUCGGGGAAGUUUACCUCUCAUGUCUGUAUCAGUUCAUUGAGAAAGUUGGAGAGUGAGAUGAGCGGACAGACGGUUCCUGCGGACUUCUCAGGACACAUGUUGGACCUGGACGAAGACGAAGACCUGGAGGUUUUCAGCAAGAACACAUCCCUGGCAGAUGGAGACCCAAUGCCCAACUCUCCCAGCUCCAUGGUCAACCAGUACCGACUGGAGGAGGACGAGGAACAGCAGGAUGCCAACACCAAAGACCUCUUCAUCACUGUUGACAACCCAGAGAGCCAUGUCACUGCCAUCGAGACCUUCAUCAUGUACAGAGUAGUGACUAAGACCACACGGAGCGAGUUUGACUCCAGUGAGUAUGAGGUACGCCGACGCUACCAGGAUUUCCUUUGGCUCCGAAGUAGACUGGAAGAAAACUACCCAACGCUCAUAGUCCACCCUCUGCCAGAGAAGUUUGUGAUGAAAGGCAUGGUGGAGCGCUUCAACGACGACUUUAUCGAGACCAGGAAGAGAGCCCUGCAUCGCUUCCUCAACAAGAUCUCUGAGCAUCCCAUCUUGUCCUACAGCCAGCACUUCAAAGUCUUCCUCACUGCACAGGACUUGGCGUCUCACAGGAAACAGGGUCCAGGCUUCCUGAGCCGGAUGGGAGAGACGGUGAGGGCGGUGGCCAACUCGGUACGAGGCCUCAGGAACCGACCGGAGGAGUUCAGUCUCAUGCAGGAGUAUGUGGAUGACUUCAGCAACAAGAUCUCCUCUGUGGACAAAGUCACCCAGAGGAUCAUCAAGGAACAGAGAGAGUAUCUGGAUGAACUGAAGCAGUACAGCCCCACAUACACCCAGUGGGCGGGUUUAGAGGAGGAGCUUGAGGAGCCGCUGAAGGGCGUGGCCAGCUGUGUGGAGCGGUGCAGCAAGGAAACAGAGGAACAGAUCCACCAUCUGUCUGAGGUCCUGGUCCCCGCCCUGCAUGAGUACGUCCUCUGUGCUGAGACGCUGAAGGCUGUGAUGAGACGGAGAGACAACAUCCAGGCUGAGUUUGAGGCCAAGAACGAGGCCCUGGCAUCCAAAAAAGUCGACCAAGAAGCACUGCAGGAGGAGGUGGAUGGUCUGGCAGACCGGGUGGAACAAGCCAACAACGUCUUGAAAGGAGACUGGUCCCGCUGGCAGAACAGUAUGAGAACUGACCUCAAGUCAGCAUUUAUCUCCACUGCUGAGAAGAACAUGGAAUACUAUGAGAAGUGCCUGGCUGUGUGGGAGUCAUUCCUCCUGUCUCAGAGAGUGGAGGCCAGCGAACAGAGAGAUGGGGAAGACGCCUCUUAAUAUGUGGAGAUGAUCCAAAACUUGAAGGUUGCCUGCUCUUUCGGAACUACAUAAUGCACACCCACUUUUGUCUGUCCUCCAAAAACCUCCAAAUAUAGACUUUGAACCAAUGUCAACUCAUGCUAACAUGCAUCAUGUACGAAACAAGCACAUUCUGCCUCUCUUCCUUUUCUGUCUGUCUGGCCAAAGAUGUUAAUCCCAGUCUCACCAUUCCAGUGAUGAUUGUAUAUCACUAAAGCCUACACUGUGAUCCAACUAUCCAUAUAUUAGUGUUUACACAACUCCAUGUGCAUGGCCAAAAAUUAAAUGAAGACUCCUGGUGUUUCUAGCUCCAUUUUACAGUUUUCAGUUGCAAUUUUUACUACUAAAGUGUGGUUUUAUUAUCAGUUCCCACUCCUCACUUCUCAAAAAACCAAAACUAAUGAUUCAUUCAGGUCAUCCUCCUCAGCUCCUCAAGUUGUAACUUUACCAUCAGGAAGUUGCACUCGAACAGCUAACACAACACGACGUGCAACUGGUUUGUUUGACCUAGUGUCCAAAACAUAUAUUAACUCUUCCGUACUUAUCACAGUUUUCCUGUGCUAUGGUGGAUUAGUCAUGAUGGUGAGUAUAAUGUUAUUCUAACUGAUCUGAAUGAUGGCCAAGACUAUGAAAAUAAGAGCCAUUCUGUAAUAAAUGGUAAAUAUAUCUACAGGAUUUCCAUUUUUCUACAGCUGCAACUAACAGUUAUUUUCAUUUCUCAAUCAAUUUGUCGAUUAUUUUCGCAAUUAAUCAAUUAGUUGUUUGGUCCAUAAAAUGUCUAACGCCCAAGAUGACGUCCUCAAAUGUCUUUUUUUGUC